AUGGUCAUCCUACAUGAAUAUCCCCUUUCAACAGUUGACCACAUUGGGUUUAGAGAAUUUGUGGCUGAUCUUCAACCUAUGUUUAAACUUGUCACAAGAAAUACUUUGAAGAGUGACAUUCUUAAAAUCUAUGAUAAUGAGAGGGAGAAAGCUUUGAAGAUGACGGACAAGAAUGGAAGUAGGAUGGCAAUUACAACUACUAUGUGGACUUCAAAGUGGAACAUUGAUAGGAAGUUGUCCACAAUAAUUGUUGAUAAUUGUAGUACUAAUGAUGCCAUGAUGAGACUUCUCUUGAAUAAGCUUGAUACUAGUUCUCUUAUGUUGGGUGGGUUUAUGUUGCAUAUGAGGUGUGCUGCACAUGUUUUGAAUUUGAUUGUUCAAGAUGGGUUGUCUCUUAUUAGUGAUGGUAUUGAAAGGAUUUGUGAUUGUGUAAUUUAUUGGACUAGAUCGCCAAAAAGGAGGCAGAAAUUUGAAGAAAAUGCACGUCAAUUGUGUGUUCAAUGCACCAAAGAGUUAGUCUUAGAUUGUAAAACACAUUGGAAUUCAACUUACUUAAUGAUUUCUACUGCAUUGAUUUAUAAAGAUGUUUUCUUGUGUUUGGCUCAACGUGAAACAUCUUAUACUUGUCUACCACAUGAUUAUGAUUGGGAGAUAGCCAAAGAUAUUUAUGGAAGGUUGGAGUUGUUUCAUAGUGUAACUCAGUUUUUCUUUGGUCGUAAGUACCCCACAACUAAUAUGUAUUUUGCAUUGGUGUGUGAGUUGAAAAUUGCAUUGAAUGAAUGGAGUUUGUAUUCAAGUGAGAUGAUAAGUAUGGUGGCAGAAAGCAUGCUUGCUAAAUUUAAUUCUUAUUGGGCUAAUGUUAGUGUUGUUAUGACUGUUACUGCUAUCUUAGAUCUAAAAUAUAAGAUGAAGUUAUUGGAGUUUUAUUAUCCUAACAUUUAUGGUGAUAAUUCUGAUUUGGAGAUUGAAAAAAUUAAGAAUCUUUGUUAUGAUUUGCUUGAUGAAUAUGGAGAUUUAGAUGAGUCUCCUGUAAAUAAUAAAGAAAGUUCUUAUAUGCCUGCAAGUACUUCAAAUCAAGUGGCACAAAUGAAAUUUAGGUUGAGUAGGGCAAUGUUAUGUUUUGAUUUGUUUGUGAACAAUAGUUCAAGUAGUUCAAAGAAACAUGGGAGGGCUAGAAUAAAAUUUGAUCAUUUCAUUGAUGAGGGAGUGUUGAAUAGGAGUGAAGACUUUGAUAUUUUGGCAUGGUGGAAAAGUAACGGUCUCAAGUAUUCUACUUUACAAAGAAUUGUAAGAGAUAUUUUAGCCAUUCCUGUUACAACUAUUGCUUCAAAAUCUGCCUUUAGCCAUAGUGGGAGACUUUUAAGUCUACACCGUAGUAGGCUACAUCCCAAGACUAUAGAGACAAUGAUGUGUGCUCAGAAUUGGUUAUGGAGUGAAAUCAACGGUUCUUCAACUAUAUCUAGAGAUUGUACAUUUCAAUCAAUUCUUGAUGAUGGGGAGCCAAAUGAAGAUGAAGGGAGUUGUGUCACAAUUGAUGGGAGUUGUGUCAUAAUUGUGGAAGAUUAA